AUCCCUCCGCUGGGGUCGUCACCCCCGGGGUGCGCGCAGGCGUUUAUCCCCCACAGGGUCAGCGAAGCCGCUGGCGGCGGCGGCCUCCCUGUUGGCGGUUUCGCCCCGAUUUAGAGACUUCCCCCCCGCUUUCUUUCCCCGUACGUUCGCGGGUGGUGUAAGACCCGCCGACUUCCAGCACGGAGGAGCUUGCCCGUCUCCUUUAAGAGGGGAGGCUGGGCUUCCCGUGACCUCUCCGUGCGGCCGCCCCUUCCUGGUUGCCAUAGCGAUUGGCCGCUGGCGUCCUAAAAUGGCGUCGCUCCUCACAGACACUUUGUUCGAGGCGCGAGGGCAGGCCCCGGCGCCCAGCAAAGACUUCUACCAGCUCCUUGUCACCAAGACGGAGUUGCUUUUCUGCCACGUUGAUCUCUCUGGCACAGUGACUGUUAUGGCUGCAUCAAAGCAACUGCUUCUGUGGAAGCAUUACGUAAUUUUCAGGUGGUGGAAAAUUUCUCUUCGGAGUGAAUUUCGUGAAGCAAGACCUGGAGAACUUAGAGAAACUCAUGAAGACUUCUUGGAUGACCCUUCUCUCCAAAUUCAAAUAGCCAUCGUGUUUGGAGGAGAUACUCUGGAUCAUAUCUUCAACAUGUGCCGGGGGAAUUACGAUUUCCUAGUGCGACUUCCUGAUCCAUUGCUUUUGUACAUCAUGUCCUAUUUGGAUCUUGAAGAUAUUGCCAGACUUUCUCAAGUAUCUCACAGAUUUGAAACGUUAUGCAACUCUGAUAAACUAUGGGAAAUGAUUGUACAAAAUUUAUCGGGCAGAAUUACCUCAGAAAUGAGAUCCCUGGCACACGAGGUGGGCUGGAAGCAGUUCUUCUUCACUAACAAGAUUCAACUGCAGCUCCAACUAAGAAGAAGAAGACAGAUGAAAACUGAAUCAUCAGAUAGCCUGUCAGAUUAAAGGAGUGCUUUUCCUAGCUGGCGGUAACAACUCUGAUGUGUGCAUUUGUUCCAUAAAUGUCUUGCUUUGUUUUCUGGAAAAAAGAAAUUGAGCUGCAGGUAUAAAAUUAAUGUGGGUCCUGCCUUGAUGAACACUCAUUAUGAAGGUGUGCAAGAACAACUUUUUUGUUUCAUUAUUUCAUUUGUUUUCAUUGGGUAAAAAACUUCGUGAGGUUCGUUCAUUUACAGCACAUUUGUUUUCAUCACUCCCCUGUUUUUGCAUUGUCUUUAUUUUGCUUUUUCUUAGGGGCUGGUCAUGGAGGCCACUUCUUUGUAGCCUGCAAUUUAUUUUUCCAGAAAGACCUAGGCAUAGUGUUAACCCAGGGAAUUUGAUGGUGGUAAGGGUAGUAUUAGCUGCCACAAAAACGAUAAGGCGCCGCCCCCCCCCCCCGGCCUGGGUGCAAUUUUCCUUUAAAAAUGCAUUGAAAUGACACAACAUCCAGGGUAUUCUGGGGAAAUAAAAUGGCAGCUACCAGGAGAAGCUGCUGAAAGCAACUGAUGUUUCCUGUAGCUGCAACUUAAUUCACAAAGAAACAAUUCCCUUUCAUUUUGUAAGAUAUGAAAUAUCUAUACAUAGUUUGAGGGACCUGAUUAACUACAAUGACCUUUUUUUAAAAAAAAGGUUAAAUACUGUGUAAAUAUUUCUGAAGGCUAUUAUAUUUUUAAUAGCCAAAUGUUAAACCCACUUUUUAACAAAAGCAUAAAGAACUGCAUGGUCUGGAACAAUGACACUGCUCCCCCAAUUUCCAUCCUAAAACAGGAAUAUCCACUUGCAAGUCCAGAAAAGUAUUAUUUGCUCCAACCAUGGCUACAGCUUUCAAACUAACACUAAUGUUUACAAAGGACAUGCAAUGUUGUUACUUGGAGUUGUAAUACUUUUAAGACUAUCCUAAUAUUCAACUGAAAACAAGAUUAAUAUGGUUUGGUGACUUUCUUCAUCUGAGAUCUGCCUUCUGCUCCAGUGUUUAUGAUACAGUUCAAAAUGAUAUAUAGUACAUUUUCUGUUUUGCCAUAUUUUAUAAAAUGUGCCACUCAAAAUUUAGGCCUUACAAGUAUUUCACCUUCAGUUUAGCAGAGAAAUAAUUAACUUUCUUUCAAUAAUGUUCAGGUUUGCUUAUGUCCUUAAACAUAAUUUGCUUAGGGUAUGCUUAAUGACUUGAUUUCCUUGAUUUUAGAAAGUUGAAAAGUAUUAGAGUCUAAAUCUUGUCUUAAAUGAUCAGUAAGGGUUUUUUACAGUACAUUUUAAAAUACUGUGAAACUAUUAAGUAUUAUUAUAGAACACUUACAGUCCAAAUUGUGUCUUGAAUGAACAAUACUUUUAAAUAAAUGUAUAAAUAAUGUGAAAACGUUUUCCUGUGCUUAGUGUUCUGAAACUACUGAUUAUUUUUUUCUGAACUGUAUUUUAAUUUGGACUCUGCUAAUGUUACACCACAGAUUUUCAUUAUUGCUUGACGUAAACUGAAGGGUUCUUAUGUAAUUCAAGUAUUAUCAUAAGUAUGUAUGCAUAAACUUUUGGGAUUGAAGCCUAAAGGGUGCAACUCUCCCCUAGUGACAGCGCAGGAAGCCAAGCUCUGGCAUAUGCCAUUCACUUAAGAGCCCAGGCCCCCGCCCUAUCGCCUAGUUGUGCUGGUACCACUGAAACUACUGCAGCCAGUCUGGCCAGUCACAACACUUCCAGCACCUUUUCCCUCUGAAAACAAGGGACAAGCCUUGCUAGCAACUGCUGUGACUGCUCCAACCAGUGGCUAAUGAAUGAUGCAACUGACUUCCAUUUUAGACAUGUCUGAGAUUUACUAAUAUUCAGCUGUUGGUGUCAAAGAGGGUUUU